AUGAGCGGCUUUGGCUUCAGCAUUGGAGACUUCAUCGCACUCCUAGACCUGGCGAACCGAAUACGGAAACGUUUUGUGAACGCCCCUACUCAGUUUCAGGGAAUUUUAGAUGACGUGAAGGUAUUAUCGAAUGUUCUACGCGACAUUGACGAUUAUGAGCCAGAUGAAAGCUUAGAUGAACAACGUAAAAGGGAUUUGAACAUUGUCUCAGAAAGUUGUCAAAGUGUAUUGAAUGAUCUUGAUCGGAAGCUUGACAGAUACCAGGAGCUCGGCGCGAGUUUCAAAUCCAUUCACAUGAAAAGGAUUCCUCGUUGGGCUUGGGAGCGAAUCCACUGGGACCAGGCAGAAAUACAAGUUUUCAGAAACCAGAUAUCACAAAAUAUCGACGCUCUGAAUUUACUGCUCACUGGGAUCAACAGCCAUGUUGCCCUUCAAACAAAGAAUUUGGUCAAGUCCACAAAAGAGGAGAUCGACCGUCUUGUCCGAUAUCAAGACCAGGAAAAAAUACAGAGGAUCCUUGAGUGGCUCUCUCCAAUAAAUGCCGCCACCAAGCAAGCAGAUAUUUUCAGUGGCCGUCAAGAAGGAACCGGUCAAUGGUUUAUUCAAACAAAUAGCUUCCGACAAUGGGUUCACUCUACCACGCUAUACCAACGCACUCUCUUUUGCCCGGGUAUUCCUGGAGCAGGUAAGACUUUUCUGGCGUCGACGGUGGUGAACGAACUCCAGCACUCCUUUCAGCACGACAGCAGUGUUGGUUUGGCGUUCUUCUACUGCGAAUUUCGGGAACGUGUUACACUUGAAAGCAUCCUGAGUUGUAUCUUGGGACAGCUAGCUCGGAAACUGCCAGUAUUUCCUGAGCCUCUUGAAGACCUCUAUGAUGAUCAUCUGGAAACGAGAACACGCCCAUCCGCCAGUAGCCUUCUCGAGGCCCUUGAUAUUACCAUAUCAAGAUUCAUCAAAGUGUUCAUUGUGAUUGACGCGUUGGACGAAUGUAUACUGCCUGGUGGAACACGUGCCACUCUUCUCGAUAACAUUUUCGCUCUCCAGACAAGAUACAACCUGGGAUUCCUGGCCACCUCAAGAGAUCAUCCGGAGAUUACGGUCAGAUUUGACGGUAAACCUUGCUUGAGGAUCCGUGCGAACGAGGAUGACAUUGAGAGAUUCCUUCGAGGCCAGUUAGACCAAGUGGACGUCCUUCCGGGUUUCGUUCAACGGAAACCAGAAUUGCAGAAAGAGAUUGUCACCAAAAUUACCAAGGCUGUGGAUGGAAUGUUUCUUCUUGCUCGACUACACUUUGAUUCACUGAAAGGAAAAUUGUCAUCAACGAAAAUUAGGAACAAGCUGAAGACCCUUUCUAGCGGGCUAGACGCUGCUUAUGGAGAUGCCAUAAAGCGCAUAGAGAGCCAGCUUCCGGAACAAAGCCAGACUGCGAAGGAGGUUCUUGCCUGGAUUGUUUGCGCGACACGACCUUUAACCCCCCUGGAGCUGCAACAUGCACUCGCAGUUGACAUAGGCGAGCCUUGCCUUGAUGAGGAAAAUAUUCCCGAAAUCAAUGACCUCAUUUCGAUCUGCGCUGGACUAGUCACGAUUGAUGAGCAAAGUAAUGCCAUCAGAUUGGCUCAUUACACAACCCAAGAGUACCUCGAGCAAAAUUGGACUAGUCUUUUUCCUGAUGCUCAUUCUUUGCUUGGCAAUUCCUGCAUAACAUAUCUGAAUUUUGAUGCGUUUCAAAGCGGAUUUGCACCUCCUGGUCAGGAAUUUGAUACACGCCUCGAAGAGUAUCCUCUCUAUUCCUACUCGGCAUUGAAUUGGGACAUUCAUAUCAAAGCCCAGGAUAACCAUUUAGACCUCAUUUUGGAAUUUCUGAAGGACGAUGGAAAGGUGACUGCCUGUGCCCGAAUACUUCUCAAUCAAAGAGAGCCCGAGGUUGCCAGUCAACGUAUGGUACAGGAGAUAAAGGGCCUACAUCUAUCAGUUUAUCUUGAGCUUUAUGAGGCCGCGAAAGUUCUUCUGGCGGAAGGCUGGCAGGUCGACAUUUGCGAUGGCAUCCAGCGAACCCCAUUGUCGUGGAUGGCAGAAAUCGGCUCCCACAGAGCAGUUGAUUUCUUGUUGACCGAAGGAGCCAAUCCAAACAGCGUGGAUAUUCACGGCCAGACCGCUCUAUUUUAUGCAGUGCUGCAGGGACAUGAGGAGGUGUUUCAAAUACUCAAAGCAAGAGGGGCCCAUAUGGAGUCCACAGAUAAAGAAGGGCGAACUCCGCUGUUUUACGCAAUUUGGGGUGGCCAUGAGACCAUGGUGAAACUCCUUCUGGAUGAGGCUAUCGAUGCAAAUUGCGAAGACAAUGGCAAACAAACUCCCCUUUUUCAUGCAAUACAACACACCUUUGAAGGGCGGUUUGAGACAAAUAAGAGAGUCAAAAUCGUGGAGUUGCUAUUAUCAAAAGAUGUCGAUCUCUCUCGCAGGGACAAAAGCGGCCAAGUUCCCCUAUCAUACGCAGUGCAAGGCGGAAACAUGGUUCUGGUAAAACUACUCCUUGAAGCAGGUGCCGAUAUAGAAUUUCAGAAUGAUAGAGGCGAGACUGCACUGGCAAAUGCAGUGACACGUUGUCAUGAGGACGUCGUCAAGCUUUUGUUGGAAUGGCAUGCUAACCCAAGAUGCAAAGACUAUGACGGUCAGACUCCACUGAUAGCCGCAGCAAGACGUGGAAUUGAGUCUAUGGUGCGCAUUCUCCUAGAGGGUGGUGCUGACCCCAAUGGUAAGGAUGAGCUUUUCGGAAAGUCUGCGCUUUCAUAUGCAGCUUGGUGCGGGCACCUGUCCAUUGUGAAUAUUCUGCUUGAAAGUCACGCUUAUCCAAAGUGCAAGGAUAAACAGGGUCGCACCCCAUUGUCUUGGGCAGCAGAGUACGGGCAUUUGCCAGUAGUCGCGAGCCUGCUUGAACAAGGAAUUGACACGAUCUUUGAGGAGGAUAUGUGCCGUAAAACCCCAUUGGAAUAUGCAAUAUCGAAUGGUCAUCAUGCAGUGGCUGAUCUCCUGUCAAGCAUGGGGUGUGUUGCUAAAGAUCCCAAGUGCAAAGCCAUUGAGAGGGGUUGUGGGAGUCAGAGGAUGAUUAAAAGCUUCGCGAUAGAGGAUUAA